CGUCAUGGGCGGCGAGAUAACAAAAUUUUCCGAACAACACCGGUUUAAGGAGUAAUCCCAAAAGGACACUAACGUAGCCCAAGAAAAAGAUGGGAUGGAUCUGCUUCCUUCUGUGAACUCUUGGCCCUCUUUAUUUACUCGUAUGUUUUAUUUGCAGUAUACGGAGUUUUUAUUUAUUUAUUAUUAUUUCGGAGUUCGGAGUAUCAAGGGAUUCAGGGAAGGUGUAUCACUGUCAGGCGUGCAGUUUGAUCAGUGAAGAAAUUGUGUUCUAUUUCCUCUGACAUGAUGUGGGCUUUGGGUAGUGGAGGAUCGUCUCUGUCUUCAUCCUCCAAUUUAUCGCCUUUGGCCCAGCCAUUUACGGUUGAUCGCUUCAAUAACUCAAAACCUACUCUGAAUCCGCAUUUGAAUGAAUCGCCUUAUAGUCUACCCUCUAGCCAGUCUUGGCAGUACACACCACACAUCUCUGCUUCUAGGUCUGGCUUCUUAUCAGAAAAUUCCAUGGAGACUACUUCUGUGCCUUUAGCCGAUGAAAAAUCUGUUUCACAAUCUGCUGACCCAAGUAGUUCCUACUGGUCCACUCAGACCUUUGGGGCUAACAGUUUGAUGGAUGAAUUUUCAUAUAUUUCUGAAGGUAGGCCUUAUUAUCUUCCUUAUGCAUCUCCCGUGGUUAGUAACAAUACCCCCUUCUUGCCCAUUAACGAAGCUACUCCGGAUGUGGGGCCUACCUCUGGGGUUCAACCGGGAAGUGUAUCUUCACAAGUGGAUUACACGCAAAGCUUGGCUGGUUUGCACUACUCACAUUCCUCUUCUGGCGUUUGGAACGGGCUUGCCCAUAAGAAGAUGGGCAAAAAGAUGCAAGGUAAUGCAAAUUUGUCCUUUGACAAUGCGAUUGCUGGUGGUUCAAAACAUUUCAAAAGUCCGAUCAACCAAGGAGCUCAUGCCCUUGAGUGUAGAGCUGAAACUCAAGACGAUUCUGGCACUUUUUUUGGAAACUUUACUGAAAGAGAAACACAUGAAGGAUUUUUGAAGAUGGGACAGAUGAAAGAAAAGUGUCAGAAAACAUACAAUGCUUAUGAAAAAUGUAUUCAACCACUUGCUUCCCACACAUGCAAUGAUAUACCGACACCAAAAUCCUCAACUACAGUGGUCAUCAGGCCACCGGAACCAGCUGCUGUCCAAAUUUCAUCAACAAAAAGAUCCCCUUCUUUUCAAACUGGACAAGGUGGCAAAUUUGCAGCAGUUCAAAUUGAUGGAUUGUGUAGCCCCCCUUAUUCUUUCAAAGGUGAAGAACAUCACCAGCCACUGAGUUCCAUAGGAAAAGGUAUGUAUUUGAGCUCUAAGCAACUUAAUGUGCACCCAGAUGACGAUGACCAUAAAAUCUGCAAUGCCUCAUUAUGGUCUACAAAGGAAGGCAUGGCAGUCCAGUCCCAUGUUGAUGAUACCUUGAAACUAACAUUUGAAUCUAGCUCACAAUCAAAUGCAACUUUUACAAAAGUUUUGGAUGAUAUGUAUUUGCCUAGUGAUGAUAUUCAAGUUGUUCGGUACAAUGAAAGUUAUCAAGAUGGUUUAGAUCAGCAUAACCCUAAUGUUGAUUCACCUUGCUGGAAAGGAACUUUGGCAUCUCGUACUUCUCCUUUUGAUGUUGAACAUAUGCAUCCACCUCAAGAGAAUCAUCGUUUUCCUUCAGAAGUUUUUUCGGGUGCUACUUCCAGUAUGCUAUCCAAUAGCAAUGUUGUUCACAAUGAAAAUGGAUCUGCUUUAGAUGGUAAGACAAAUUUGAAAGGUCUUCUAAUUGAAAAUUGCCCAGCUAAAGAUCAUCUGUCAACCGAUGCUGGAAAAGUAGAUCCGGAGUCCCAAACUCAUGAUUCAUGCGAUCCAAGUAACUGCAGGACAUCCAAUUUUUGUGAUAGUGUUGAUUCUGUGCUGAACAUGAAUGAAGUGUCUCAAGGUUGCAAUGUUGCUCUUGAUGCUGCAGAGAAGGUUUUACAUUCACCUAGUUCCCAGGAAGACUCUGAGCUUGCUCACAGGCAUGGAAGGUUAUCCUAUCCAAAAUUGGAUGUUCAAACUCUGGUUAUGGCUAUUCACAACCUCUCGGAGUUGCUUCGGUUUCAGUGUUCAAAUGAUGAACCCCUAUUCAGAGAAGCACAUCAUCAGGCCUUAAAUCAUACUAUCAACAAUCUCAAUGCUUGUAUACCUAAGAAGAUAGGAACUAUGAAUACAACCCAAGAUAAGAUUGUAGCUGUGCAGAACACUGUAGAUGGAACUAAGGAAGGAUUCCACACGGAUACUGGUUUGACCCUACCUCAGAUAAAAAUUAGAUCUGCUAGCUGCUUACAUGUUCAGCCUACUAUUCAGAAUAUGCAUGGUUGUGAUGUGACAAAUGAGGAUCUGAAACCUUUUCUUUCAAUUAGUAACCCUAUCAUUCCCAAAGAGGAUAUUAUGUCUCAGGCUAUCGGGAAAGUCUUACAAGAGAACUUUGAAUUUGAUGGAGAAAUGGAAUCACAAGCUCUACUCUUUAAGAACCUUUGGCUUGAGGCGGAAGCAAAACUGUGUUCCCUAAGUUACAAGGCUAGAUUUGAUCAUAUGAAGAUUGCUAUGCAUAUGCAAAAGCCCUCAAGGGCUGUAGAUGAAAAUGUAGCUUCUGCAGAAAAAAAUUCAGGCUUCAUUGGCGUGUCUAGUAUUGAUGCUGAUGAAUGCUCGUUGCAUAAACCUUGCAUCCAGAGUCAAUCUAUUUCUCACUCUGCCAAUGACAUUCUUGGCCGCAAGGGUUCUGUCACCAGCAGAUACAAUAUUUUGAAAUAUAGGGAGGAAAAUUCCUCCCCAAUGUAUGUGGACAAGGAACGAGGUUCAGAUGUGAUUCGUACUGGCUUUGCAGGCGAACGGAGUAAUAGGAGGCCCCAUAUAGGCAAGAUGAGGAUGCAAAACUUCAUUAAAAAAAACAUUGUGGUCAUAGUUAUGAAUGGCGAGUGGCGGGCGAGAGCACCUUUUCUAUGGCGAGAGGCGUGGCAUGUGACGGGCGAGCACGCGGCCACCGUUGAAAAUAUUCCAAGCCUACAAGCUUCUACAAGCAAUUGCGAUGCUGACAGCUCUGUCAUGGCGAGGUUGAACAUUCUGAGAGGUCGGGAUUCUUACCUAGGAGAGGAGCAGUUCGAGCCAAUGCAUUUAAACAUGUCAGAAGAAAAGAUUGGCAAUGCAGCAGGAGGCAUGGUGCCUCCUUUCCUGCAUCACCCCACUGGGAUGGCCCAUGAAAUCGGCUCCAUUGCUGCAGCUGGAAAAGAAUCCACAAAAGCAUUUCACUUCUCAGCCCCAAUUGAUGCGGCCCAACAAACAAAUAUGCAUAACAGGGCAGCUUCAGCUUUGCACAAUACUUCCUCAUCUGAUUGGGAGCAUAUAGUGAAGGAUGACUUUGUUGCAUGGCAUGGUUGAGACAUGUUUUCCCCACAUCUCUCAGAUAUUGUUGUCUUAUUUUGUUUAAAGAAUGGAUGGUACGUUAGAUCCCAAUAUAUUUGUCCAGUUUGACCUUUUUUAGUCAAAUUGAAAAAACUCGGUUUCAAUUACUCUUAAUUUAUAUUGCAUAUUAUAGAGUAGUACAAUAAAAUAAAAUUCUAAAAGUUUUUUAACAAUAAAUAUAUUAAAAUUAU